GCCCCGUAAAAGCCUCACGGUUCAAACAUUGGGCAGCCGAGGCUCAGGAAACUAUCGCCUCACCUGACUGAACUCAGGUUGCGCACGCCUUUAGGGUUUGCUUGCAGUUGGACUGUAGGAGAAGCCCGAUCUCUGUUCAGGCCAAAAUCAUUCAAUCAUUUCUUCUCCAAACGCUGCCUUUCCAUCCAUCUCUGAGUGCAAGCCAACAAAGCGAGGGAGAUGAUGUGAUGGAAAUCUGGUUUUUCUUGGUAAACCAGAGGGCCUCUUCUUUUUGGCAGCCGUGACGCAAUAAAAGACUUCUUUGAAACAUCUAAGCCAGUUCCUCUACCUGUGUUAAGUGAUUUCAAACAUUUAGGGUUGCUGAUAAAUUAUGGUCAAUGCCACUAAAGGAUUGUUCAUUUCAUGUGACAUACCCAUGGCACAAUUCAUCAUCAACAUGAAUGCUUCAAUGCCGGCAUCACAGAAAUUUAUAAUACACGUCCUGGAUAGCACUCAUCUGUUUGUGCAACCUCAUGUGGCUGAAAUGAUACGAAGUGCCAUUUCCGAGUUUAGAGAACAGAAUUCUUAUGAGAAGCCUGCUUGAUUGAGAUGUCGGCCCUUCUUUGAUGUCAAUACAGGAGCGGAGUCUGUUUUUCAUUACCUCCUAAGAACUGAGGGCUGCCAACAUAAGCCCCAUACUUACCUCUCAUUUAGUGAUGACUCCUCUCCCAUCUAUACGAGAUCUAAAUUGCAGUCUCUCUAUCAUUCUAUGUUCCCUAAAUAAUCUUAGGUCUCUUCUCAUAUUUAUAAAAGGAAAAUCGCAUAAACAAACUUCAAAAGCCA